UUGGGAAUGAAUAAUCCAGUUUCAGUGUAUACUGCAAGUGUACAACAUCAUCUAAUGAAUCCAACUUACAUGUAUAAAGCUGAGUCAUCAUCUCCUUCAAAUCCUACUUCACCAAACACUAUAUCUAGUCCCUCUAUUCCUCAUCACAUACAUACAAAAAAUUAUCCCAACACAACUGUACACAAUCUAUUCUAUUCAUCAGAUCAUAUUCUGAGCACAACUAAUACAGCAAUCAAUCUGUCAUCGGUAUUAACAAAUUCCUUUGACACAUCAACACAGCCAAGCAAUAAUACCUUCGAUUUAUUAAAUAUUAGAAAUUCAACCUUUUGUUCUGAAGCCAACUUGUCUGCAUCCUGUUCAUCCUCUGUGUCAUCAUCCUCUUCAUCCGCCUCCUCAGCAUCCGCAGCAUCGUCAGGCACAAAUACAGCAUCGAAUUCAACUGAUGAACUACCGUCUAUUCAAAUUCCCAUGUUAUACUCAUCAACAUCAUUUGAUAUGAGUCAACACAAUAAUAAUAAUAAUAUUCCAAUUACUUCUGUUAUUACCACUAUGACUAACAAUAAUAACUUUGAUUCUACAGAGUCAUUGGAUGAUGUAAAGUAUUCGUAUAUAAGUAAUAUUAAUAAUCACUAUAAUUGCAGUGAUUUAGUGAAUCCACAUAGUUCUACCCCGUUAAAUGCUGUUAACUAUGCAAAUAUGAUGAGUACAUCACCAUCAGGUAACGGUGAUGAAGAGUAUCAUCAGUUAGGAAGUAAAAAACAUCAUCAUCUUCCUGCUCCUCCUCCUCCUACUCCUACUCCUCACCAACUCCAACACCAGAAGCAUCAUCCUGGGAAUGAAACACUGGUAACAAAGUCAUCAGAAGAUUUGGAAUCCAACAGUCAUUUUGCAGUAUGCAGUUAUCCUUCAACUAAUUCGUCUUGGAAAAACUCGAAAGAAUUGUAUCUGUCGUCUAUCAAUAGAUCAGUUACUUCUCCAGUGACAAGUACAAAUACCACGAGUGAUUUACAUUCAUCUCCAACUCCAAUGAAUAAAUCAGGGACUCCUGACUUACAAAGCACAACCAACCAGUACAUUUAUCACAAUUCUGGAUUACUUAAUUCCCUAACUAACGAAUUUAUCGAACAGAAGAAGAAUGAUAUUAUUAAGUUGAAUACAAUGAAACAAGAAUUUGAAGUUAAUUCACCAAAUUCACCAAUUCAGUCAAAUCCCGCGACAUUAACAUCACUGACUUGUUCAACAGUCACAACACCAGCAGAAGCAGAAGUAGAAACGAAGAUCACCGCACUGUCAACACAGGGACUAGACAAUUCAUCUCAUGAACACAUUCAAACUUCAUGGUCUAGCUGUAAUCCUGAAUUUCUGAAAUCUGAAUAUACAAGUCAAGAAGAUUCUACUACAUCUUAUCCACUUUAUUUAAAUUAUACCAUACCUAUCGGUAAGAAUACUGAAGCCAGUUGCCUGCCUGUGGAUAAAGUGCAGAAUUCCAGUGUAAAAGGAGACCUGAGCGAUAAUACUACCACUACUACUAAUAGUAGUAAUGAUAAUAUUAGUAAUGAGAAGUCAGAGGCUAACAGUUCUGAGCCGAAACAAUAUAAUUACCAUGAACAUAAAUAUUAUAUUUCUAAAAAUAUACAAAAUAUUACGCAUAAACCAACUUAUCAGAUUGCUUUGUCACUGACAGCUAACUUUUAUCCAACAGUUAAAUACAAAGGCAUUAAUUCAGACUGGGAAAUGAAUAAUUCUGAUGACUACAGGUAUACUACACAAGAUAUGUCGAAAUCUACACUGAAUCCUCUAAAUCCUUUGCACAGUUCUCAUCUUCUCAAUGAACAACAACAACAACAUGAAGAGCAGUUAAGUGUGACUAAACAAAAUGAACAAAUUUCAUUGAACAUGUUGAACAGUGGUCAUUUAAAUUAUUACGAUGAGCAUCAUUCGCUUACACAGAGUCCACCUAAUAAUAGUAAUAAUAAUAAUAAUUUUGACAGAUUACCGUAUUGUAAUGGAUAUAACCUACCGUCUGUACUUCCUCCUCCGUGUCAUAAUCCUCUUCAACACGAAAUGAAAUUUCCACCUUUUAUAAUGUCAAAUUAUACUGAACAGAUAAAUCGUAAUAACUAUUAUUUUCCAGAUGAAAUGCAGAGCCAUGAGUCUGAUUUAACUCAAAUGAAUAAUGCAAAGUUAAAUUAUUGUGCUAGUUCUUUGGAUACUACUAACACAAAAGUUAGUAGUAGUACCAACAACAGUAGUAUUGUUAAUCAUGAAGUUUUUGAAAAGUAUAAUAAUGAGUCAUAUUUGAAUGCAUAUUCAGCUUAUGCGGAGAAUUAUCCACAAAUAUUGAAUUAUCCUGCAGAAAGUAAUAAUCAUGCCUCAUCAACAAACUAUACAAGUACCUAUUUAACUAAUUUAGAUAAAGUGAAUAAUAGUUUAAGUGGUAUGAAUGAUUCAAGAGAUGUGUUCAGUGGUGGACCAACACAAAAUCCUUUACAACUGUCUAUGAAUCACUAUGAUAGUGAUCAUUCCAGUGUACACCACCUUUCACAUCACCAUCAUACUCAUCAACACGAUCACCAUUCACUCCUUCAGAACCAUCCUCAUCCCCAUCCUCAUCAUCAUAAUCAACAACAUUCUGAAGUAACUGAUUUCAAUCCGAAUGUACAAAUAUGUUUAUAA